GUUAAGGCCCAUCAGAGUAUGUUGUGGUGAAUCUUAUAUAAUUCAUUAUUUAUCAUUGAACAAUUUUAUCAUUUAUCAAUAUAAAAUAUUGCAAAAUAAGUAUCAACACAUUUUUGGCUCAACAAAUCUGCGUAAGUUGUCAAAUGAAAUAGUCCCUUCUCUGUUCCGUGCCAACAAAGAUAAAAUAUUGAACAGUGCCCUAGCACCGCAGCACAGGAGUGAAGUAGCUCAGAGAAAAAGAAAGGCGAACACAGCAACGAGAAGCAGAAGAAGAAAGAAGGCUGUCCGACAUUCGCGAGAAGUAUUGAAAAUUUGAUCCGCUGGCAGGGCAAGACGGAUAGAAAAAUUGAAAUUGUACGAAAUUUGAUGUGCAAAUUGGUUUUGCUCAUUUUCCGGAGGAUCACCCGCGCGUGUUACCCACAAAAGUGACCAUUCUUGGUGGAAAAUAUCGACUCGAACGGGGCGCACACACAGAAAAAGAAGGUGUCGAAUCAUCGAGUAAGUGGCAAAGUAGUGACAAAAACGCAAGACAACGGCGGAAAAAGGAAAUUCGAUUCGAUGCCGAAGGAAAAAUAUUGUGAUCGAAUGGUGGAAUUAUUUUGAAUUUCGCGUGAUCCAUCCAGUCGGAACCACUUGUCCCAAUUGUGAGAGAAUAUCCGAAUAAAAACAAACAAGAGCAAUCAGACACAGUUUCCAGACGUAUUAUAGCUGCAUGAGGCCAGCACUAUUUAUACGGAGUAUAACGACAUAAAGGAGCAUAAAAGAAGGAAGAAAAAAACGAAAAUAUUAAGUGCACGAACGUGAGUGAAAUACAAGCUGAAGGACGAGGGGAAAGCCGCUGAAUAUCGCAAAAUAAAAAGAUUGUGUGUGUCAUAACAAAGAAGAAAUCAGUGUUAGAGCGGUCGAGGAAAGUUUACAAUUUGUGAUUCCGAAGUAAAAGCGAAGAUCGAAAAAGUAUAAGUUGAAAAGUGAAGCGAGUGGAUAUGGCAAACAUGUAGAAAUAUACAAUUGGAGUAUGUUCCCGGAUUAUGAUGUUUUAUGGAGAUUCGAGCGUACAAAUAAGAUUGACCGAUCACUGGAAACUAACUUGGGAUAGCAAUUAAAUAAGCACAUAGAGGCGAAUGAACUGCAAAGUUUAAAGCCUCUUAAAAACAAAGAAAGAAAGAAAGAAUAAGCACAUCAGAAUAAAAGGCAAAACACAGAUCGAGAAGUAAACACACAACCAGAGAAAGAGAGAGAGAAAACGAAUCGAACGCGCGUACCAAUUUCGAAAGCCGUCUACCGACCAAGUUGAUGAGCGGAUAGCCGUAGGAAAAAACUUGAGAUAGGCCUGAAGCACACAAAACCAAAAUAAUGAGCAUCGAACCAACGAACGCAACCAAAGCAGCUGCUGCGAGAAUAACAACAACAAACAUGACAAUUUUGCCAUCAGCCGGUAUGGACGACGAGGAAGAAUCGACACUCGUUGAAAUUUCACCUUCAUCUUCGUCGUCACCACCGACGAUGUCAUCUUUGUCGCUGUCUUCGAGAACCAGUAGCACCGGCACGGGUGACGAUGUUGAAUCUCAUCCGGAUGUAGUAGAAAAUAUUGUACGCGAAUCGACGACAACGAGCAAUCAAUCAAACAUUAUCGUCCCGCCUACAGGUUCAUCGCAAAUUAGUACAGUGACAUUAACAGAAGCAUUAACACCUGAACAGUUUCACCAAACAUUGCAGCAGAAUCAGCAGCCAACACAUAUUGAAACUGCUGAUCAUUCGUUAGGACUACUACCACGAAACCCCAUCCCGAUACAGUCUUCGUCCCCGGUAUCAACUCCGUCCUCAGCUGAAGAAUGCGACGAUUCCGCAACCAUUAGUACCACCGAAGGCGCCUUGAUCGUUUCCAGUAGCAAUAAUCAAUUGAACAACAACAACAACACAGCAAUAAGCCACAGCGAGCUGGUGGCGACACAAGACAGCUCGAUUAAAAGUGUCCUUCCGCCAUCGCCAGCUGCAAUGAGUACAGUUGUUAGUAACACAACAUCAGAAAAUGCGCCUAGUGUUAAAGAAGGUGUCACAACAAUGGAAGCACCAUUAGAGAUAGUACAAAUCUUUCCCCGCGCUGAAACAGCUUUAUCCUCUUCGUCAAGUUCCGCUUCAUCCUCGUCCACUUCAUCAUCCGCUUCUUCUACCAGUACUUCAUCUGCGUCCUCGACCUCAUCGUCACCUUCAGUUUCCCCCCUGGCAGUGUUUCAACAGCCUCAUCCAACAAAAGAUACGCCUUCGACAAAAGUUCAAGAAGAAGUAGUGGUACCCAAAAUAGACGAUCACUCUUCAAGUGAACUAGGCGAUGGGUUGGAAACAGAAGAAAUCAGUGAAGAGAGCACCACGUGGUGCAAACAGGACGAAUCCCAGAACCAACAUCUACUUACUUCUCAAAAUCAAUGUUUAUCUUCAGCACCACCGCAGCACCUCCAAAGUAGCUUAAAGAAAGAAAAAAUAGGCGAACAACUUGGCGGCGAGAAUCGAAGACGUGUUUCUUUCCCGCAUGACACGCAACUCAUAACCGGCUAUCUGGAGCCGAUCGAUCCGUGGGCCUGUGUAGAAACCGUGAGUGUGCCUGAGAUUUUGAACCUGUAUCGGAAGUCAUGCUCCAAGCACUCCACCGAACCACUGUCAGUAAUUACCGAGCAUCUGCAAACAUUAGAUCUGACGAUUGGUCAACGAGUUCCGUUGCUUUCAUUGCACAAUCAGAAUCUCAGCCAUGGCUCGUGUGAAGCGCUGGAAGAAAUAUUUAAACGAAUCCAGUACCGAUGCAUCAAUCUGUCGCACGCCGGUCUGGAUGACACUAGUGCGAGCGUGCUGUUCGAUAUGAUUGAAUACUACGAGGCUACAAACGAGCUGGACAUCUCCGAUAAUUUGUCGAUGACGAACAAAAGCUGGCUUGCUUGUAUAAAUAUGGUGAAGAAAUGCCAAGCGCUACAUGUGCUAGUGACGAGGGGACCUGCUAUCUCCGAACAUCACGCUAUGAAUCUGGCCAAGGCGCUCAACACAUCGGCGCUCCACACGCUCAAACUGGAAAGCUGCGAGCUAUCCCAGCGGCCACUUUCGACACUAUGCAAUCUGCUGAAACGGAACACAGUGCUCCGAGAGCUAUCGUUGGCUCACAAUCAACUAACCUGCGAGGAUGCGAAGAACAUUGCGAAUUUGUUGCGGUCGAAUUAUCACAUUCAGUUGUUAGACAUUUCGAACAAUAAUAUCGGGGAUAAAGGUGUCGAAUUCAUAGUCACGGCUUUAAUCGAGCAAUCCAUCUAUUUCAAAACUAUGCAGGAAACGAGGAGAAAAAGUGAGUUCAGCUUCGCCGAUCUAUCAAGCAGCUUGAACAGUAUCAACAACAAUAAAAAUUAUUUCUCCAAUCAAUACGAUAAAGCAUCGGCGGUUCAUCGAAACAGAGGCAUGCACCACAUGCACUACUUUUCACAAAAGCAGCAAUUGCAACAGAAACAACAAACGCCACCAAAGGCACCACAGUUACCAUUGUCUGAGGGUCUUGUGGUUAUUACACCUCCAACACCGCCGCCGCCUCCGCCUCCGCCGUUGCCACCAACGCUAGUAGAUGACACUCCGAAGACACCACCGUCUACACCGGCCUUACCAAUUGUGCGAACUCCAUCGGAUGAUAUGUUUAUCGAGUCAACGAAUACGCAAUCCAAGAUUGAAGCACAAUUCUCUGCAGGAUCAUCUGUCGUGCAUCUGCAGAAAACUGCGAGUAAACCCGAGCAGCACGUGCAAGUACCGAUCGAGGUGCUAAGUACAAAUAACGAUAGUGGUAUUAACUGUAGCGUUUCUAGCAUUGAGGAACACAUGAGUAGUGAGAGUACAAUUGACGAUGUAAACUUGGCGACAUCUAAGGAUGGCAAAGUGGAGGCGGAGCACCUGCCGACAAGGAUCGCCCUUCUCACGACGCAACCUUCGAAUACUGCAACUGUAGUGCAUGAUAACAAGAGUGAAAAGCAAUCACCAUCUCCGUUGGUUGAUGUUGUUACACCGAGGAACGAAAGCGAGGAUAAUCAAAUUGAGCCAAGCGUGGCGCUUGUUGAACAACAGGAAUGUAGGACUACAAGUGCAAAUGAAAACGAUAGUGGUGGUGGGAGAGGGAUAAAAGUUCCUGAAGGAGGGGGAAAGAAACAAAAGCUGGUACUUGCGUGCGAUUUAGACCGUGAGAAAGACAAGGGUCCCAAAAAAGCUAGACUUGCGAAACAAGACAGUGUACUGAGCGAGUUUGAGUCGAAUAAUGCCGACUUGAAAGACUUGAGCGAGGUAGCGGCGGUGAAAAUGAAUACAAAGAAGGAAAACGUAGAUCACGUGGAGGAAGAUACGCCCGAAAUAUGCGAGGACUAUGACGAUGAUACAAGUCUGAAGAUAUUGGAAGAACAUCUCCUGGUGGAUAGAAGCAUAAAUGCAAAUAGUUGUCAGGAGGUCAAAAACCCUGCGACCAAAGAAGAUCACAAAGGAGCAGAGAAUGUCAAAACUAAUGACAGUGACGAUAGCGCACCCAUAAACCUGUUGGCAACGUUCAAGAAGGACGAGUUACAAUUAUUGAUCGAAAAGUCAAAGCAACUUGAAGAAGACAAAGAGGGCGAACCCGUCAAAACGGCUCCUGUUCCGGUAGUUUCUCUGCAGCGUAGCGGGGAUAGAAUUGAGGAGGGCAUAACAGAAGAUAUAACCUCAACUAGCGCACCAGAAAAACUGGAAAGCAUUCCACGAAAAAUAAUAGAAGGUGAAAUUCAAACUGAACCAUUAUCACGUUCUCUGGAUAGCACUAGUGCGGCUGAUUUCGACAGCACUUUCUUGAGGACUGAGGAGACACCUGUUUUCCCUAACGAACGUUCAUUUAGCUCGGAAAGUCUCAACAGUGAAACUUCUGUGGACUCGAACGACUCUAAAAGUAGCUUGAAAAUAAUCGAAUCGAAGUUCGCCCGCAACGGAACGCUUGAACGGCAACAGUCUAGUGGAAAUAAAUAUAAACAACUGUCAGAUCAACCAUCAGUGACCCCCUGUGGUCUCCAGGUGCUAGUUCUAUGGAAUAAUGAAAUAACCCGAAACUCAGCGCAAACUUUUGCUGAUCUUAUCGAGAACUCUUCGACGUUGGAAAUUUUGAAUGUAGGCUGUAAUUUGUUGUGCAAUGAUUUCGUGACUACCAUUAAAAACAGUCUCAAGACAAACAGCAGCAUAACUAGUUUGGGUCUACAGGGGGCACAUCUUUCUGACAAUGGUGCUAAAGUAAUGUCAGAGGUGAUUGAAUUUGGCGGGAACUCGACACUGCAAAGGAUAGACUUGAGAAAUAAUAACAUUUUGACAAACGGAUUGGAUCACAUAAACGAGGCGCUGAAAUCUAACAAAGUUGUUACCAGAAUCGACUUGGAUGAAGUGCCUAGAAGAGCGAUGGAAAACGAAGUGGGACCGGAUUACGCUCGGCUGUUGGACAAUAUUCGUGCUCAAUGUGAGCGUAACAAACAUCCGGUGGAAACGACGGAAGCGAUCAGUACCGCAGUCAAACGAGUUCGUGCCGCUCAUUUGAAUUCGAGAAAAAUAUCGCUAACGUGUACUUCGAUCCGUACAUCUCCAAGUACGGCCGCCAGCGAUAAACAUCAUCACCAUCUGCUGGAUCCAAGCAAAAAACCCGGUGGGCGAUUACGUUCUCCUUUGCCAAGUCCAAUUCCAUCACCUAUCGCAUCGCCGGUGCCGAGUCCUUCUCGUAACAGGUUCCAGGUCACACGUGUCGGCGAGUCUACUGGCAGCAAUAGCAGCCUGACGAGUAUCAACAGUAACAACAAUACAUCUACCUCUCCAUCUCCCUCAUCGACGGGCAGCUCGCCGACACUAUUCUUCGCUGCUAAUUCUCGCUUCCGCGUUGUGACUGUUGAAGAACCGGCAUCGUCAUCUUCUUUUGUGGCUAACCACUCUCAAGGGAAAGUACCAUCCUCGUGUAAUUCCUCGUCGCCACUUGUUGCCCCAUCAAAUAUCAGUCGAAUUCAUCCGACAACCAGCAGUUCUGCACCUGCUUUAUCUUCAUUUGUCACUCUACCGAAAUCAACGUCAUCACCAAUUCCGCAUUCGGUUGCUACAAACACCUCCUCCCCACCGGUGCUAGUGCAACACCUGCAUAAACAGUCACCACUGCAACAACAACAACAACAACCGCACUCACCGUCACUAUCAGCUGUAAACACACAAACUCCGCCAACACCAAAGUCCAAACAUACGCGAUUACCUUCCACGAGUAGCACACUGAAUGAUUCAGCCUUUUCGUCCACCUCGAUGGAAAGUCCAGAUCUGGAGGUGAAACGGUUUAUGAGUGGCGUUGGAACAUUACAACCAAGUACAAUCCCAGUGCUUUCAUCUACAAUGGAUGACAGCUGCUGUUCGUCAGUUAGCAGUAUUGACUCGACCGAUAAUGCCCAGUUCAAUAAUACCUCAAUCAGUUCGACAGAUGAAAGCUUCGAUUUAAUUAUCAGUUCACCUACUUCAUCUUUGAUGUCGGUUGGGUCAGUAAACGCUACCCCACUAGUUAAAGUAGCACUCUCUCAACAGGAGGAUAGCAUACCUAAUCCAACACAUCAACAACAGCUGCAACAUCAAUUUCUUCACCAGCAUACCCCACAGCAGCAACCCACAAAAGGCACACCUAUCUUGGCAAAUGUGAAACUUCUGAAAGUGAAAAACAAUAGCCUGUCCAGUUUAGAUAUGAGCACAAGCUCGCAAGAAUCUCUGUACGACGUUAAUGAGCUAUCGUCUUUGUCUUCAUGUGGUGGAGAUUCUUCGUUACUGACAAAGGGUCAUAAAACGGGACCACCAUCCAGUGGGAAUUCUAACGAAGGUACGCUUACAUCGAUCCAAGGUUUGGAGAAGGAUAAACAAGCUACAGCAGGAAAACCAGCGGAUAAACCAGCCCGAGUGCGGAAAACUUCGUGGAUAGCAUCCUUAGGUAACCACCCCAAGACAGACGGUACCUCAUCAAUAACCACCGGUAGUGCUAGCGGGGGUAGCGCUAGUAGCGGGUAUUCUCCCGCUAUCGAAAAGUUACUAGCCAUAUUCAGUCCGAGCAAUUUGUUCUCAUCGAGCAGAUCGAGUCCACCGAAUUCAGAGUGCGUGAUUCCCAUGAUAGGAGCAUCAGCUGGAGGUAAAGAGAAUGUAUCGUCGCAAGCUCCCACGCGCAAAGAAAGUCCUAUGGGAGGUUUGUUCCAAUGGACAAAAUCGUCGAAAGAUGAGGAGAAAGUGUUGAAAGUUAACAUUUCACCGGAGAACACUAUAACCCCACAACUCCAACAGAUGACACACUUUCAACAGUCGCCUCAGAUAGCGACGUACUGUGUUGAGAACAUACCAACGCAAUUGAAGGCGGAGAUUAAGGAAAACAUUUCCCCAGAGAACACAAUCACCAACAAAUUGCUCGUAACACCAAUGCAAUCUCCCCAACACACAGUUCCUGCGAUAACUCCCGUUUCGGCCAGUACCGCAACAACUGUCGUGACACCUCAUCCGAAGGUCAUAUUUCGCCUUGGAGACGAUUAUGAUGAAUCUGAGGAUGAUAUAGAUACCCUAACUAGCAAGUAUGGUGGCGGCGGGGGCAGUAGUUCGGGAGAUUUCAACAAGACACCACCGUCACAGCUUCCGUCAACUUUGUUAGGAGCUACCACAGGUAGCACCACAACUAAUAGUAGCGGAAUCAGUAUCAGCAGUGGCAUGGCGGAAGGAUCACCCAUACAAACCGGCAUCUUGCAAACUAGUCAUCUCGGUCAGCUGGCACGCGAUUCGCUUACCAGUAUGUUUAAAACUUCCUCGCUGACAUCGCAAGACUCGAUACGAUCAAUGGACUCGCUGGCGGAGAUGACCGAAUCGGUACCAAAAUCUCAACAACAGCAACAGCAUCAUCCUCAUCAACAAGGACCAGGAUACACGCAACCUCAGUAGCAGACUUGGGCGGAACGGAAAACUGUUGAGUGGUUGAUCUGAACGAAUAAGGUGAGCCUGUUGUUUAGAAAUGAGUGACUCUACCAUCAGAGGCCCUGUGGAUGGAUGGCACUGUUCCAGGUUCUAGGUAUGCUCUAGGAGUAAUGUGUCUUCCUCUUCACGUGAUUCAGAUGUCUGGAUUAUUAUGAAGUGACUUCGAUCUUAUGAAUUAUUUUUUCUUUUAAUCGAAGCGAGAAGUAAUUGAUGUGCCUUCUUUAAAUGCGGACAAAAACAAGAAUAUUAUUAAGGGAAUACAGUGGAAAAUGUAGAGAAAUGUAAAAUCGGUAUAGGAGACAAAUUGUACUACCUAUGGACAAACAAAACGAUGAAAAAAAUAGAAUGCAGGUUCCAUUGGUGAGGAUAGAAGCUAUUGUUUUAGAGUAAAACUAUGCGUAUGAUUGGAAAAAAUAUGGAAGAAUUGGGUAGCGUUGUGUGUGUAUGGCUCUCACUGUUUGCAUCGUUGAACGAAGUGUGCUUAUUGGACCCAGCGUAGAUGAUUGGCCGAAUUUUCUACGAUUUGAAUAUUCUAAUCUGAACUUUACUCUAAUGCUAAAGUUUAUAUUAGCUUUUUUUCUAACAUUUAUUGAAAUUAAAUGCAGUUACCGAUUGAUUAGAAACGAAGCUGUUCGUCAUACAUUUUUUAAUCACUUGAUAUCUGGGCGCUUAUGUCAAUAUUUUUUUACAUUGUUUUCGGGUAUAGACAAGGAUGUAGAUUCUUUUUUACAUACAAUAUACGAAGUCAAUUCGUACGAGGAAUGGCAAGAGCCACUUUAAAUUAGUAUACAUAGCUGGUGCGUCCAAUUUCUUAUCAAUAAAAGAGCGAAACAAUCUUCAAAAUCAUAUCAUGAAGAUUUCGGCUAUUUCUGAAUUACAAACAUAUCACAAAAGUUUUACAAUUAUUACGCUAAUUACGAUAAGAUAAGCAUUUUUUAUUCAAAUUUUUAGUCAAACAAAUUCGAACGUCGAAUAUCGUUUACAUCGGUUUUAUUGAAUUUGGAUGUGUGUUCACUCAUCUGUAUAGCUGAUACGGUUUAUUCAUGUACGCUGAUGAUAUUCAGGCGUUCUGAGCCAGUUUCACAAAGAGCCUUCCCACCGUGUGCAAGAGUGACUUUAGAGGAAAAAGCAAACUGAGAGUACUCACGCAAAAGACAAAUUGACCCGAGACAACGUUCUGCAACAGCAGAUACGACGAACAAAUUGAAUUAUUAAGGAACAAAUCUUGCAAACCAGCGAGAGUACUGAACGGAAAAAUAGUAUUAAACCGGAAACAGAUGGGGCAAAUGUAACAUUGUAAUUUAAUCCUUAAUCAAUGCCAUUGUGAUAUUAGUUUUAAUCAACGCUAUUAUUUUAAUAAGUGAGAUGAUAUCGGAAGAGACGAUCCUGUAAUUGGUGAUUGUGUGAGUAUUUGUCAAAGUGCGAAAGGGUGGUUGCACCAAAAGGAACUAGCUUCUAUCCGCAUCUUUUUGUGUAAACCUGUAAAUAUACACAUGUCACGUGUCAUGGCCAUAACGGUUGGAUUGUUUCCAUGUUCGCGAAAAGAAAACAAAAACAAUAUCAAAAUGCAAUCUGUAAUCAGUUUUGAAUACCUUUUGUAUUCGAACAUUCAUCAUAAUAACACACAUACUUUUUGCAUUUUGACCAUCUGUAUCAUCUAUAUAUUUAGUAUUUCUAUUUAUACAAUGAAAAUAAACCGGACACUGAACAUGUGAGCUGAGGAGACACGAGACUCUUGGUGUACACGCUAACGAGAUCAUAAAUAGAUGAGAUGAUGACUCCUGUGCAUCGUUAAUAAUUUCUAAGAAAAUCUCAGAUUUCAUAUAACGAAACGGCGGCAGAUGAAUUAAGAAAUGCCAACAGAAAGGAUGAAAUAAUUGAAGUUAGGUUCGCUACGGGAAAAAAACUAGUUGCCGGUAGUUUAGGGAAGAGUGAAUGCUGCGCGCUUCAAAAUGAUCAAACCAAGUGAACAGUGACACAUUUUGGGCAGUGGCCCAAUUUUGGAUUAAACUAGGCCUGACGACGAAAUACAUAGUGUUUCUGAGGUAAGUUACUCAUUCGAAAAUCAUGUAGGCGUCUUGAGGCGUUCGCAAGACAACCUAGCUCUGUUUCAACAACAACAAUUGUCACGAUUUUCAAAAUUAGAACUAAAAAGAGCUCAAAAAAAUCGUUGUCGUUUGUGUCAAUCCUCAAUAAAUUAAAUUUAAGAUUGGUCGGCACAUUGAAUCAUGAAACGAUACAUGAUACAUUCUUAACUUCAGCACGGUGGCACGAAUGCACUGUAUAGGUAGAUGAAGCAUUUCCAAUAUACGUACACAAAUCAGUUGACGCGGAUGUGAUGUCCAAUACUCUUGUAUUAUGUUUUUCCGUCAACGUUUAAUCUAUGAGAAGUGCCACGUUCAGAUAAAUAUCUCGUGAAUCAAGUGUCCUAUAGUUUAUUUCUAGGUGUUCAGCAGAGGGAAAGGAUAAAUAAGCAUUCUGUGCGGAGAGACAUUCGCCGGUGUACUAGAUGAGCUGGAACUUCUGAGCUGUAACUCACUGACCCGGCAAACUUCGCUCCGGAUUUUUUUUGUUAUCCAAUACCUUCAAACAUUCACGUUUUCUUACUAAGCUAACGUUCAUGGGUCCGAUCGCAGAACUGUUCAUUGAUUGAUCUUCUGAUUGACCACUUACAAUUUCCGUUUACCAUAAAUUUCCUAGUACUUCUACCAAAACUCGUCAUUAUAAAAUCAAACUAUUUUCAGACACAAUUCUCGUUCAAAAUUUUUCAAUCACUUGCAAGUAACACGUUUCUCUCUCACAUUGAAUACAUGGUUCCGUUCGCUUGAUUAGUUCUCGAGUUAUGCAGAAAUUUGUGUUUCAUUUGUAUAACAGCCCCCUUCAAAGAGGGGGGAGGAGUGUCGAACCACCACGUUUCGUGCCCCCUAAAAUCUCCACACAUCAAAUUUGAUUCUGUUUGCUUCAUUAGUUCUCGAGUUAUGCAGAAAUUUUUGUUUCAUUUGUAUGGCAGCUCCCCCUUAGAGAGGGGGGAGGGGUCUCGAAAUAUCAUAAGAACCUUCUCCGCCCCCAAAACCCCUACAUACAAACUUUCAUGUCGAUCGAUUCAGUAAUUUCCAAGUCCAUAAUAAUCAGACAGAAAUUCAUUACAUCGUUACAUCGGGGCAAGUUGAAACGAUUUUUUCCAAGUUCAACUUGCAAGUUAUCUAAAAAAAAUCACCACACCCCUAAAUUGAAAUCUGUUUGCAGCAUAUGCAAGGUACAACAGAUGACUUUCGAUAAAAAAUAGGAAUUCACACUGGAUGUUUCGAAAAAUAUCAAUUUCAGAAAUGUUUAGUUUUCAUAUGCAUUGUUUCAACUUGUCCGUAGAGCGGGGUAAGUUGAAACGCGGAACCAUGAGCAGAGUUUUUUUUUUUUUUUUUUUCUUCGCUUAUUUUUCGUCGGCCUAUUUCCGCCACUUUAGUGCCAAUCACCGACAUCCGGGAGGCGACUCCACCUGUUCCUACCUAUCAGACUCAACAACUCAUGAGCCGGGCCAACUUCUUUUACUUCCGCUCCGAAGGAAGACGUAACCAGAGAUUUUUCGCCUCAGAAAAUCCCAACGACGCCAGCUGGGAUUGAACCCAGGCCGAUCGGAUUGUGAGGCUGUUACGCUAACCAUACAACCACUGGCGCCGUCCCAUGAGCAGAGUUGCCGACUAUAAUUUUCAAACAUCAGGAAGAAUGAAAAUAAAAAUCAGGAUAAAUCAGUAUAAUUGGGUUGCCCGGAAAGGUUCUGCCGAUUUUUGGGAAAACAAAAGCAUCAUUCAAAUAGGCAGACAUACAUUUAUUCAAUUAUAUAUGCAUAAUUAAACAUUAUAUCCUCCCAAAACAUGCUUGCUUUCUCGUCGAAACCUGUUCAAGGUAUUUUUAUGGCGUCCAAGGUUUUUCCCCUGAGACAAUUUCACAGGGACCUAAACCUGUGAAAAUCUGUAGGUGCAAUACCCGGUUCGUAUAGCUGGUGGGAUAAUACCUUCCGGCCAGACUCCAAAAUAAUGUGUUGUGUUGGACAAGAUACAUGUAGUUUGGUAGUGCCCUAAUGGAACACAUAUUACAUAUUCUCAUAUGGUCUUUGAAUCAUAUAAAACUAUAUAUCAUACAUAUAAAAUCAACCAAAUAUCUGUGCUGCUGUCAUCCUUGAUGUAAUAUUCUGAAGUGGAUUCAUUCAAAUCGUGUUAACAGCAUUGAGUUCCAUGUUCUGUCAUUGUUAAGUGAAAAUCACAAAGGAUGUUUCAAGUGUAAUAAACGCACUCAUAAAAUGAAAAUUAUGAAGGAAAUUUCCCUUUUCUUCCAUGUACACUGCCUUCGGACAUGCUAAUCUGAUAGAGUAUCUUUCUUUCAUUCAAGCCCACAUCACGCUUUAAUAUAUACAGUAAACAUUCACUAACUGGGCGAAAAGGGAAGACCACUUAUCGACAUUCGCGUUUUAACUGGUCCGGCAUGUUAAACGUCAAAUAAAAUCGAGGGAAACUUCAAUGAAUUGUUUGAUUCGCAUUGUUCCUGUAAUUGGAUAAACAAAAGGAUUCCAAUGGAAGUUUCGCAUUGAGUGCGACAACAGGUAUGACAUAUGAUUUGAGAAAAUUAUUUUUCUGUAGUUUAAUCAAUGUUUUUGUCGUGCGAAAAUAAUGUCAACUUUCAUAACAUUUAAAAUUACAUUCGAAUGCCCCUCACAGCAAAUCUUCCAUUUGAAUAUGGCGUCGAUUGUUUACGAAAUUGUGCUUUUUAACUGGUCCAAGGACCAGUUAGCGUUCGCCCAGUUAAACAGCAGACCAGUUAAACCAGGACCAGUUAGCGAACGAUUACUGUACAAUGUAAAAUGUACUUCCAAUAAAGCGAAUUGCCUCGGAAUUAAUAGAUGGUAAACGUAAUAAAAAGAAAGCAUUGUGCAAGUGCGAAUCGGAGAGCAUUUUUCAACUAGGGAAACAUUGGCAGUAUAUUUAUGACGGAUAAAUUUCAAUUCGAUGGAAUAAAAAAUACAAAAUCACCAAAAUUCAGGGCAAAUCAGGAUCAUUCCGGCAAAAUCAGGCAAAAUUGAAUGUUUGUCAGGAUAUCAGGGAACGUGUUGAAAAUUCUGGGAAAUCCUGAAAAAUCAGGAAGGUUGGCAUCUCUGAUCAUGGGUUUAAUAUGCAUUUUUGCUUCUCGAACUAUCACAACUGAUUUAUGGAACACUAAAUUGAAAGAAUGACACAUAAAAAUUUGGAAAAAAGGGUUUUGGUACACGUGGACACUACAUACUAGGAAUUAAUAUACGAAACAAUAACAUCAUGAAUACUAUUUUAGAUGCUUUCAUGGCAGAGUAGAGCCACUCGAAACGGCCACUAAUGAGGUUUAUGGAAUCAUUCAAAUAUGCAAAUAUUACGUAACGCACUCAAAAAGGGAGGAGCAGAUGGCUUGUGGAAACUUGUUUAGGAAUAAAUCCAACUAAAUCUCAAAAUUUUUUUGCAAAUGGCGUUACAUGUUAUGUAGAGAAGAGGGAGUCGAAAAUAGUAAACAAGAUUGCGUUAUGUAAUAUUUGAACAACCCCUAGUUGUAAAAUUAACAAAUUAUACUUGUAUCAUAUCUGUGUAUGAGGAGGCGAUCUGGCGUAGUGGUAACAUCCAUGCCUCUCACGCUAAAGGUCACGAGUUCAAUUCUCACUCCCGACAUUCUUCCAAAAAUGGAAGUAUAAGUGACGAACCAGCCAAAUGAGUUGAAAGUCACUAUAAUACAGAAAAAAAAAAAUAUCUGUGUAUACUGAGGAACGAAAUAUGAUUGAUUCUUAUUUUGUUAAUUUAUCAUCAUUCAUUUAUACAGCAAUUACCGACAAAUAACGUCUGGCAUUUGCAGCAAUGUUUAAAAAAUAGUCGAUUUCACUGGCUUCAACUUACCUCAGGGUUGAAAAAUCAUGGAGUGAGUUUAAAUGCUCGAUGCUAUACGGGAAAAGAUUUUUCAGUGCAGUUUCCAAAACCACUACACUUGAUUGAUUAUCCCUAUUUGAGAACCUGAGUGUCGUCUGAAUUUUGGUGAUAUUUUUGAAAAAAUAGUGUUUUCGGACUGAUUGAGUCGGCGCGCAAAAAUGUUUGUCUUGAUUUCACGGAACAAGGAAAAGUAAACAAAGACGCGGAUUGCGUUAAAACAUUCCAAUAUCCCUGUAAUGGUUGUCAUAAGGUGGGUUGAAAGAUAAUAUUUACUAUAUAUAUAUAUAUAUAUAUAUAUAUAUAUAUAUAUAUAUAUAUAUAUAUAUAUAUAUAUAUAUAUAUAUAUAUAUAUAUAUAUAUAUAUAUAUUCAAUUUUUUAUAUCAAUUUUUUACACUUUGCUUCAUAUUUUAUUUUAGAAUGUUCAAGUAAAUAUUCUGAAAUCAAGGAAUACUACCAUGAUUACAAACAACCGAUGUUUAUCCGCGCAACGUAAUGUGCAUGUGCAGUGCGAUGAAAAUUCAAACUCAAUCGAAAGAAACCAACGAAAAUGACAAAGAAUACCAUUGCUCGGUCGCUUGAUAUUCACCCCGAAUCUUCCCCUCCGCCGGACUUGCAUUUCGUUCGAAACCAUUAUUUCGUUCGAGUUAUAUUUUCGCUUUCCCUAUUUCGAACGUUUUGCCCAUUUAAUGCUUGAAGGGAAGCAGUUCGAACGAAAUGCAAAAACCACUCGAACGGAAUACAAAAUGGAAUUUUAUCAAGUCGCUCGAAAUAUUUCGAAUCGAUCGAAGCACAGAACAGAGGUGAUUGAUUUACGUCGUCAAUUGAGAUCCGAAAAGGGUUCAUUGCCUAACGAAAGCAAUUCCUUCUCAUUUGAAUGUGAUGAAUGUAUUGAGUCGUACGAAAACAAAUAACACAAUCUCAGCUUUUCGCAUUAAAGCACGAUUUCGGGAUGUUCGCCAUCAUAUCCGCUAUGAAAGAUGUACAAUGUCGAUGUCUGGUGUCUAAUCACUAUCAGAUUAGAACAGGCUAGAAAAUAUGAUCCGCGGGUCAUUAUUUUGCUGUCAAUUUAGCCUUCGUCAAACUAAUCGGUGAAGUCAGGACGAAUCUAUGGUGUAUAGUGCGACCGUUUGGUAACUAAGUGGGUUAGGGAAACGGUUUGUGAAAACACUACGGAAGAAAGCUUUAUUCGAAUGCCACAUAAAAUGUCGUAUGAAAUAAUAUAUGGACUGAAAAGUCCCGGAAUUUUUAAUGAAAACAAUCGUUUUUUGGGCACAGCUGUAUUUAUUUCUCAAUAUAGAUUCCUCAUCACUUUGCAUUCAUCUCUUGCUUUCCGAAAUAGUUCCAGCCGUUAGAACCACUUUUUUGGCUGAUAUGGCAUUAUGUGGGAAUAGUCCUGUAAAAUUAGACGUAUCAGAAGUAGCUCAACCAACUAAGUAAUCCACAUUUAACUAAAAUUUAGGUUUACGAAUUCAAUUAUGUGUCCGCAUACUUAUUUCUGCUUCAUUUAUGAACUAUAUCAACGCAUUCGUGCCUCAGUGCUGUCAUGGUAAAGCGAGCAAGCAAAAAAUAACAAAACGUAAUAGAAACAAUAAUUUGGAACAAAAAAAAAAUUAAAAAAAGAACAAAACUGUAAUUUUAGAGCACUAUUUACGUUAUUUUUGUUUUGAUUGGUUACUUAAAAAAUCGUUCAUCGUAUUAAGUAGAAUUAUGUUGUAAAAAAAAUAGUUUGUGAUUUGAUUUAAUGUCGUUAUAAUUUUAGCAAUUUGAAAUUGGUCUGGCCGUUAAAAACAGAUUUACUUGAGCAAAAACGUAUUGCAUAUAAUGAGACAUAAACGAACCUCCAGUGUUAUUCAGUGUCAGAGAGAUAUAGCAGUAAUACCAUUUUUGUUUCAAUUUUAGUAUCUUCAUUUAAUACUUCUGUGAUACAAGAUAGUACACUUGUGAUACGAUUAUAAUUAUUUUUAAACUUAACACAACCACUUAAAAACAAAAUAAAAUACACAAAAGCAAACAAACCAAAAAAAAAAAUUGUGCGUGCAAUUGUAAAAAAGUAUUUUGGGAGAAAAACAAGGCAUUGUACUGAAUACAAAUUUGCACAUUUUAUUUCGUUGUACGUACUUAAAGUUUUACAAACGACAAUAUUUAAAAUCGUCAUCAUUUUGCAACUAUCGGCACAAUACGUAAAGAGAUUGAAGAUAUGGUACUUAAACGAGUAAAAAUCCAUUGUCUAAUGCUGUCCACAUGACAAUACAACACCUGCGCUUUACAUUUGCACGCACAUUAUACAAACCUCUGUUUGCUUACAAUCUUCAUCAUUGAGAGAAAAACAAAACAAAUUGGUUCAACUACGUUCAAAUAAACACCAAAAGUUUAGUGAAUGGGAUACUGGUAUAAUUUAUCACAAUGUUAAUAAGUACAGAACGGGCAGAAGCUCGAAAAAUACCACACACGCAGCAACAAUAAAGCGUUUUUUGGAAAUCCUUUCUGAGCAAAGGUUUUUUUUUGUUCGAUUAUGUUAGAUUAACAAAUAGGAUACAUUGAAUCGGCAUGUAACUACAACUCGUGAGAAACAUUAUACACACGAAUAAGUACUUCUAAGAAUACACAAUAUGAAGCUGUCCCUACGAUUUAUGUUCAAACUGUAUUUUCUUUGUUAUAAUUCAACAUUCACCCUCCCCCCGAUAGUUAGUGAUAAUUUUUUCCUGUAAAUAAACAGAAUAGUGUUUACUAAACGUACCUUCUGCUCAAAUGGUUUUCGU